AUAAUAUUCUGUUCCUCCAUGAUUUGGAUUAUAACGCAACUGUGUGUGGUAUCCAUCUGAUUCUCAUUAAGGCUGCCAGCAGCACAGAGGAGAUAAAGGUUACAGCAGAACAAUUCCUGUUUCCCCCCUUUAGUUAGCAGCCACUGUCUGCAGGUGGAAGGUUUUCUAAUAGUGGUGCCUUGCAUUGUAUUUCUUCUGAAUGUAAGUGGUUUAUGUGCCUUGGUGAAUUCACGCAAUGUUGAAUUUCUUUAACAGUCCUGCAAAACGUGAAGAUGGCAAAUGGCUAGAGUUUUGUGGCGACAGCUGUAUUACCAUACGGUGUCUGGGGUGGCAGCAUAUGCUGCUUCUCUUAAUUUGUCUCGGUGGUCUGACUGUAUGGGCAGAGGAACAGACGAUGCCUGCUUCUUCACCACACUCGCAGCAUAUACAUACGGAACACAUUCCACGGACUCUACUGCAAAGAUCGCCUUUCCCUGAUAAGCAAGGUCCUGGCACUCCAGUACAGUUCUGGAAGGAAAACGCAUUAAAGAUUUUGCGUAACAAUAGCCAUAAACCUUCAGUAAACUCCAAGAAACCGAAUAAGCAGAACAGGCUUUUAAAAAGAGACGUGGAUAAUCUGUCUCAGAAUAAAAAUACAAGUUCAUCAGAAUGGACAUCAGCUAUGAAUGAAAUAGUCAGACAGAUAUUCGGUGGACAUGUAUUUUCUCCUUUGUUUCCAAUGAUGGGUCGUAAAUCAGUUGCGAAGAACGAUGUAAGCAGUUCACCAUCAAGCUUUCAAGUUGAGACUUUAAGAAAUAUUAACGUGGAUGCGGAUGUGGUUGAGGCAAAACCAAACAUAUCCAUAUCUGCUCAUGAGAUAGAAGUGAUGUCAACACAGAAAUACUCCAAAAGUAGCAUGCAGGAGAAUAUGUCAUCUGGACACUCACUAAAUGAAGAUGAAACUAAAUCUGAAGCUACAUUAUCUUCAGAAAGGUCAGUCACUACUUUGCACUACUCCAGUGCAGAGUCUAGUGACGGACCACAUACUGAAAAGUUAACACACACUGCAGAUUGGAGAGGUGCCAAUUUCCCUGUCACACAUGUCCCUCAAGUCUCACCUACAAAUGGUUCCAGUGACCUAAUCAACUCUACUCCUUUAACAUUUUUGACCAAUUUGAGUGAUGGCCACACAAAGCCUACAUCAAAUGAGUCUUCAAAUCAUGUUACUAAAACAUUUUGUACUACGGAACAUAGCAGUCAGUGUGUUAAAGUGAAUGAUGGUUCAAAUACGUCAUUGGUGAUGCCUGUCCAUCUACCAGUUGAGACCACCACAGUGAACACUAUAACUCCCAGUUUUGAGGCCACUUCUGCUGUUCUACAAGUUGACCAGUCCCACACUCGUUCAAGUUUACGUAAGCCCGCAGUAACUGGUUACAAUGUUGCAUUUUCUGAUAUGAAUUCCUCAUCCGCGUCAACACUCCUUGAUUCACCUCAUACCUUAACUUCACAAAAACAAGAUGACAGGCGAUUGCCAUCUGUUGCUUCAGAUGCCUUCAGUAUUUCUGCUUUGCCUUUAAUCAGAGGAACUUUAGAUAUCACAUCCUCCAACCCAGAUCAAGAUCUUACAGAUGUGCACAAAAUGAUUAGUACAGAAGGAAGAAUAGAGAGAAGUUCAUUAGUGAUGGAUAGCAAAUCUGACAAUACUUUAUUUGCAGUAUAUAAUCUGUUUACAAAAAUUAGUCAUGGCUCAUUCACAACACCUUUAACUAAUUUGCAUAUAAUUGAUAUUGCUGCAACAACAGAACAUGAGUUCAAUUCGGGUGAGCAGACGUACACUGCUGCGCCCCAAGACCCCUCUACUUGGUCAGCUUUAAAAACAAUGGUCACUAUAGAGGAUACCAAUUCAUCAAGUGAUGUUGCUCACUUUAAAACUGACACUGAAAUGCUUUCAAAUGUUAGUUCACAGCCUUUAACUAAUUUUCAUAUGUCUGAUAUUGCAGCAACAACUGAACAUGAGUUAAAUUCGGGUGAGCAGAUGUACACUGGUGCGCCCCAAGCCCCCUCUACUUGGCCAACUUUAAAAACAAUUGUCACUACAGAGGAGACCAAUGCAUCAAGUGAAGUAGCUUACUUUCAAGAUGACUAUAAAAUGUUUUCAAAUGUUACUUCAAAGCCUUUAAUUAAUUUGCAUAUUAUGAAUAUUGCUGUAACAACUGAACAUGAGUUAAAUUCGGGAGAGCAGACGUACACUGCUGCACCCCAAGCCCCCUCUACUUGGCCAGCUUUAAAAAAAAUGGGUUCUACGGAGAUUCUUGUGUCAACUGAUGUAAAGUACUUUGAAACUGACUAUAAAGUGCCUUCAAACUUUACUUCACAGCUCUUAACUGAUUUGCAUAUGUCAGAAAUUGUUGCAACAACCGAACAUGAAUUACAUUUGUUUGAGCAGACGUACACUGCUGCGCCUCAAGCCCUUUCUACUAGAUCAGCUUUGAAAACAGUUGUCACUACAGAGGAGACCAAUGUGUCAAGUGAUGUAGCUUACUUUCAAAUGGACUAUAAAAUGCUUUCAAAUGUUACUUCACAGCUUUUACCUAAUUUGCAUACAAUCGAUAUUGAUGCAACAACCAAACAUGAGUUAAAUUCAGGUGAGCAGACGUACACUGCUGCACCCCAUGCCCCCUCUACUUGGCCAGCUUUAAAAAAAUUGGGUUCUACAGAAGAGACUAUUGUGUCAACUGAUGUAAAGUACUUUCAAACGGACAAUAAAGUGCCUUCAAAUGUUACUUCACAGCCCUUAACUAAUUUGCAUAUGUCCGAUAUUGCUGCAACAACGGAACGUGAAUUAUAUUUGUUUGAGCAGCCGUACACUGCUGCACCCCAAGCCCUUUCUACUAGGUCAUCUUUAAAAACACUUGUCACUACAGAUGAGACCAAAGCUUUAAGGGAUGAAGAUUACUUUCAAACGUACUAUAAAAUACCUUUAGAUGUUACUUCACAGCCUUAUCCGACAAAAGAUAGUAUGACCGGUAUUCUGGAAUCCACUGAUGUAACAACUACGCAGAGUUCACUUACAUUAUCAGAAACUACAAGUUUUACAUCCGUUAUGGAGUUGACUACAUAUGAAAUGGACAAAACUGGAUUAUCUGCCAGUAUAAAUGUGACUUUAGAUAGAGACACACUGUCUGAAAACUCGUUUACACUAAAUACCUUUACAAAUGGGCACUAUACUGAAAGUGAUUUCACUAGCACUGUGAAUCCUUACCCUUUUCAAAAUGGUAUGUUUUAUGAUGCACUAAAUGAAAAUAAUUUAAUCCAAACUACUUCCAACAUGACCAGUAAACAGCGUUCAACCACCUCUCCUGGUAGGGUCAGUAAGUCCAUCACUUAUAAAAAGACACAAUGGGGUUCUAAAACUUCUCAGUUUAAUUCUACAGUUUCUGCCAACCCCCACUGGAACUCCUCUAAAAGGACACUUUAUAGUACAGUGGUGCCUCAGAAUUUCAGUAUUACGAAGGAUCAUAUUACUACAUUUUCCUAUCCUUCAAGGUCGAAUGUGUCACUUCCUGACAGAGCAGGACAGAAAUCUCAACAUUCUACUCUCAUGCCUGCUGUGAUGCAAAGAACUGCUUUCACUAAAUCUAAGGCAGCCUUGGAGACUCCAUUGCCAGUAAAACCCUCUUCUUAUCGCCCUUAUAUGACCACUCAUCAAUUCAGUACUAUGCUAUCCUCUACAGGAAAAGGUAUGCUGCUUCAUCAGGCCACAGCCAGUCCCAGCCAAGAAGUUCACCAUAUUUCUCAUCAGACUCCCAAAUUGGGUACGGUCACUGGUUCUUCAACCCAUUUGGUGCCAAAGUCUGUGGCAGGGCCCAGCGCAAGUAGCAUGAAAUUGGUUUUCAAUCUCCUUAUUUCCACUAGAAGUACUUCCAGCCGGCCUUCAGUCUCUACACAAUUCCAAUCAAGAAAUGGAACAGCUAUGGCUCAUACAAACUCUAGUUUUAAACCUGCAAAUACCUUUAAGACUCCAGCUCUUAGGUUACAGUUACCCCAAGCAAGAACUACUUUCCCUCCAAACACUACCAGUUCUGUUUCCACAAACUACAUCUUGACGUAUGAGGUCAGCACAACGCCUAGUCUCUCGUUAAUCAGCCCAUCUGUGGUGAAAAUACCAAUGAGCUUUCAUCUUACUGGUAUCUUGUAUAGCAAGCAGCUUAGUGAUCCAACAACUGAAGAGUACCGGACACUGGAGAGAGAAAUAAUGCUUGUGUUGAACAAAAUCUUCUCCAGCUAUUACCUGCAAGAGUACGUUCAGACAGAAAUAUUGGCGUUUUUGAAUGGCUCUGUCAUCGUAAGGAAUAAUGUUGUAUUUGAUUCCCGUUUUCCCACACCAAGUUGCUCGGAUAUUGUGAGAACUGUUUUGUCUGCGAUUUUUGGAACAAACAAUUAUUUCGCGUGGAAUAUUAAUGGUUCCACUGUGGAAUGCAAAGGCUAUACGCAGAACAACUUAGAGAUCCAGUCUUUGCCUAUUUCUUUCCUGGUUCUGCGUGCUGGGUAUAUUGCAGUUUCUGAGAAUUACCAAGAUAAACAAAGUUUCCUGGAUUAUCUACAGAAGCAGGUGUUUCAGGAUGUUAAUGUAUCAUUUCCAAUCAGGAACGUUUCCUUUUCACAAAUUCGAGAUGUAUAUGGUGAUCUAGAAGUCAAAGGUUUCCUGUAUCUGAACUCUCCUGUCCAUAUAAAUGUGCAGUCUCUGCUAUCAACCCUGCUGCCUCUUGUUAAUAGAUCUGUGGACUUCAGCUCAGUCACUGUGGCCGGUGGUAAGCUCAGUGAGUUGAAAGUUCACUCCAUUCUUUUUCGUGUGAUAAACCAACCAUUUGUGGUAAAAUUGUUGGAUAUGUCCUCACCAGAAUCCCAGAUACUUAGCAAAGAUCUAUCAAUGGUGGUUCAGUCUGAGCUGCAUGACCACAAACCACUCCAGGUGAUAAUCCGGGAAUUCAAGAGUGGCUCUAUAGUGUGCAGAGGGGACCUGUUGUAUCAACUACCAGCUCCUGGCAGCAAGGAAAUCUUGCAACUGUUACUAGACUCUCUUGGAUCUGAUGGAAUUUUGGGGUCCUCAUCUUAUAAAGUGGAUUCUAAAACUAUAUCUGUUGGAGGGUCCAGUCCUGGACCACACAAUGAAUAUGUGGAUUUCCCUGGGUUUGGUGUGGCUAUUAUAGUGAUGUGUGGACUCCUCAUCCUGAUCUUCCCUGCCCUGGUUUAUGUGUGUUAUAAGACCAGGAUGCUUGGCCAUAGAAAUAAAGCCACUAUUCAGCAGCGUCAUGAGCCUGACAACCAAAGUCACCAUUUUGAGAUGGAUAACCGGGCAUUUAGGGCAUCCAUAGAGCAGCCAUAGUGUUGACUUUUAGUUCCAGUGGAUUUUUACUGGAGCAAAUAUCGGUGAAUAUGAAGCAGCCGUGAAAUGCACUUGAAGCAGCAGUGUUUUGGAGCUAUACGUUUAUAAGGCGGUCUGAGCUGGCACUGCAUAUGCUGUACACAUGGUGAAUAUGGUUUGUGGAUAACGGCUCGCAUAUUUUAACAGAGGAAUUUUUUUUACAAUUGGACUUCCUCUUGUGAUGGCAACAGAACUUAGAAGAAAAAUGCGGUGAUACUUCCAUGUACUUUGCUUGGCUGCCAUGGAUGGCAUGAAAUCUUAGCUUUCCCUAUUUCAGUGCUGAGGACUGUAGCAAUACCCACAAUGCACCAGAGAGAAGAUUCCUCACUCACUGUAUGAAAGGUUUUCUUCACACUGAUGCAUCCUUAACUAUUCUUACUUUUUAAGCUGCCUUCUAACUUCUAAACAGAACAAUUUCUUUUAAGAUAAAAAGUUUUCCACUGUCUCAUGCUGUAAAGUUAAAAAUUAAUGAAAAUACAAAAUGUAUUUGCUAAACAAUCUAUGAUUUAUGUGUGCUGUACAGCUGGGAAGGACGAGCAAGGUGCCUUGGAGAUGAGUGGCAGUACUCUUAUGUAGAUGUGUAUAUUUUGUUAGAAUUUCCUUUUAAGUGCCUCUUGUAAAAAUGUGUUUUGAGCAUGGAAGCCUGAGAUAUUUGAUGUUCACUGCAUGAAAGGUAGGGGAUCAUUAGUUAUUUUGUAUUUUCAAUCCACUUUGGUCCUUCUCUGCCUAACCAAAAAUCUUCAGAAUGUGCUGAAUAAAUUUGUAUGAUGCAGCAGGAUUUCCAGAUUGCUGGUGCUGGCACAUGAAUACAGUAGGUUCUCGUUACCAGAUUUGGCAAUUUCUGAUUUUAACUUUCAAAUAAAUGGUGACUGGUGAAUUAAAUAAAGACCAUAAAACAAAA